AUGCCUAAAGAGCUUCCUGGGUUCUACUAUGAUGAGGAGAAAAACAGAUACUUCCCCAUUAAGGGUCCAAUCCCUGGUUCUUCUAGGAAGCGGAAAAUACCAUCUUCUUCCUCGUCAGAUGUCCCUGAAACCCCAGCUUCCCAGGUAAAUAAGAUUAAGAAAUCAAUGAGAUGUGUGAAUAAGCUGCUUCAGUCCAGGGAGCUUUGUGGAAACCUAAUCCCUUGUAGGACACGGAGGUUAAACUUUCAAACAGAAUACAAGAAGAAACUGGCUUCGGUCCCUAUGAUUUGGAAAUAUCAAGGGACUGAAAAUGAGGUUGCCAAUGCUGUGGAACAAUUAAGGAUUUCUGUCAAUGGGCCAAUUGGCGUAACUGAUACUGAUGUCCUGUUAGCUGGCGGUUUAAAUGGGAUAUUGCGUGUUUUUCCCAUUGGAGAAGUGGGGCCAGAAUAUGGGGAUGAAGGGAACUGCAAAUCAGAAUGCGUGUGGCCAACUAAUAUAGGAAGUGAACCAGAAUGGACAAAUCCAUGGAAUCUUUUGAAGCCUUUUCCUCCUUCUAUUCUGCCUUCCGAAAUAUCCUGUAUCAGGCAGCGGCGCCAUAUGCCUGUUGAUGAGGCCUCAGCAAGGGAUGUGUUAGUGACUACCAUGGGUUCCGGAGCAUCCAGAGGUGUGGUUUUCCUUUUUGACUUCAGUGGCCCAGUGGAAUACGGCUAUGCUUGUCAGACACUUGCUUCAGUUGAGAGUACAAUUUGGGCUGCAGAGAGCUGCAGCAGGGAUCAAGUGGUGAUUGGGACGGAUCGAGGUGCUACUUUGAUAGGAGUGGAAACUGGACUGUUAUCACAUAUUUUGCGCUGUAAAAGUGAUGUCUUUUCCCUACAAGUUGACCACUCGGGAAAGAACAUUUUGUGUGGCCUACGAAACGGAGCAAUUGCACUGGUUGAUACUCGCCAAAAAUGUCAAGUGCUUCCCUCGCAACGCCAUCAUGCUUCUUCAGGAUUGAAGUUACAAACCAAGAUAUCUUGCAAUAACAUACAUAUGCCAUCAUCCGUCUCUUGCUUGAAGUGUCUCCAGCUUUCUGAUCAAUACUUCAUAGCAAGCUCCAUGGAUGGAUCGAUGAAACUAUAUGAUCAACGUCUGAUCCAAAAAGGUGCUGUACAAUCUUAUGACGGCAAUGUAAAUGCUCACACCCACAUUCAAUUUGGAGUAGACCCUUUGGAGGAAAUUGUUGUAUCAGGUGGUGACGACUGCAAUUUACGGCUUUGGAGUAUAAAGUCAGGUGAAAUGCUUUUCCAGGGUAAAUUCAUGAGUUCCGUCCCCGCAGUUGUCUGUUGGCCUGAAAUUGGAGGUAUUUCAAGAAAGAGGGGUUUGUUACGAGAAAACUACGACUAUUGGGAGAAGUUCUGUGAAUGGGGAGUGUGGGUUGGGUCUCGUGACGGACUAUUUUACGUGGACUGGGAGCUCGUUGGGAGGUUUCACUGGGAGAUAGUUACAAUUAGCAAGGCUUUGGAUUCCGAGAAAAUGGAUAAUGAUGACUGUGAUAGCAUUGACUGGAAUACCGAUGACGAACUAGAGAUAUCCAAUGUCCCGCCCGGUGGUUUUAGUUUAUCUGCUUCGGGUACUGGUGCUUGUGUUCUUAAUGGAGCGGAAAGCUCAUCGGCACGCUCUGCAAACAUCCAGCUGAUCCAGCGUUUGUUAGUUAUGGGAUUUCCAGACAAAUUAGUCAUGAAAGCUAUCGAAGAACAUGGCGAAGAUACUGCUGAAUCCACCAUUGUUGAGGCAAUUCUCACAUAUCAAACUCUUGAACAAGAUACUGAGGAGCAAAAAUGUACAGAUGUUGCUGAAAGCUCGUCAGACUAUGAUGAGAGCCAACUGUAUCUAUCUGAGUCAGAUAGCUGGGCUGAUAUUUGUUCUGAAGAUGAGGAAAAUAAUGAUUUCUUGUCAGAAAAAGAUAAAAAAAGACGCACCUUAGAGAGGAUGGGCUUUUCGGUUGAUGAUGCUGAAAUAGCUAUUGAAAGAUGUCCAGAAGCUUCGGUUGAUGAAUUAUCAGAUUUCAUUUUGGCGGCUCAAAUAGCAAGGGAAGAAUCGGCCAAUCUUCCUGCCCAAUUGAAGCCAAAGCUGAACUACUCUUGUGGUGAAGAUGGGAAAAGGAAGAAACAUAAUGUGCAUCAAAAUUCGCAAAAGAGUAAAAAGCAGAGGCAAAUGUUGGUUGAAGAGGGUCCUCUGAUUCGCCUUCCGAAACCAAUGAUAGGCUUCGGUGUGCCUUCAUCAGAUUUCCGUGUCACAGAGAGGAAUCUCCCAGAGCAGGCAAUUGGGCCUCCAUACUUCUAUUAUGAGAAUGUUGCUUUGACUCCACAAGGUGUGUGGGAUACAAUCUCAAGAUUCUUGUAUGAUAUUGAACCUGAAUUUGUUGAUUCCAAGUACUUUUGCGCUGCUGCAAGAAAGCGUGGUUAUGUUCAUAACUUGCCCAUCAAGAAUAGGUUUGAGCUUCUCCCGACACUUCCCCUAACCAUACGCGAAGCGUUCCCAUUGACCAAUAAGUGGUGGCCCUCUUGGGAUACACGGACGCAUCUGAAUUGCUUGCAGACUGCAAUUGGGAGUGCAAGGUUGCAGGAAAGGAUUCGGAAAGCUGUAGAAGGGUAUAAUGGGGAUCCUCCUGAACAUGUGAAGAAGUACGUCAUGUAUGAAUGUCGAAAGUGGAACUUGUUGUGGGUUGGAAGGAACAAGGUAGCGCCCUUAGAGCCUGAUGAAUUUGAAAUCCUAUUGGGUUUUCCAAAACAUCAUACAAGGGGUGGUGGAAUGAGUCGAACGGAUAGAUACAAGUCACUGGGCAACUCGUUUCAGGUUAACACCGUGGCAUACCACCUAUCUGUCCUAAAGCCAUUGUUCCCCGACGGCAUAAAUGUCUUAUCUCUGUUCUCUGGCAUUGGUGGUGGAGAAGUUGCUCUCCAUCGACUUGGAAUACGUUUGAAGAAUGUUGUAUCCGUUGAGAAGUCUGAAUGCAAUAGAGAUAUUGUCCGGAGCUGGUGGGAACAAACUAAUCAGAGAGGCAACCUUUACCAUUUAGACGAUGUGCAGAGUUUGGAUGCCGACGAGCUAGAGAGGUGGAUAGAUAGAGUUGGAGGUUUCGAUCUCAUCAUUGGUGGGAGUCCAUGCAACAAUCUAGCAGGUAGCAACAGAGUUAGUAGGGAUGGAUUGGAGGGCAAAGAGUCCUCAUUGUUUUAUGAUUAUUUUAGGAUUUUGGAUGCUGUUAGGUCUAGCAUGCGUAGGUGA